ACGUACAUCUCAACUAAAUAAAACAAAGAGCCUAAAAAUAUCUGUUCGUCCUAAUCAGGAAUUUCCAUCCAUAUAUUAUUAUAAAAUACAGAUUUAUUCUUGGCCGUCACCUCACGCGAUACGUUUCAUCAUGUGACGACCCCCCAGGUUUGUUGUCGUGGUAACCGCGCGCCCGCGCUCAGGUGAGUUGUGGUUGUUUGACACUCGCAGGAUCGGCAGGAAACGUUUGAUAGUGUUUGGUUUGGGUUGUUCAGAGAUGGUUGGACUCUUUGGAGCAGGUAGACCACCAGCAGGCCGGUUAACCAACACUAGUCUUGACCAUUACUGCACCUCUUACAGACAUUCAUAUGGUCAGGAGUAUUUCCAGCCGUGUCUCGGUCAUCAUUCUGGGACAGGUUAUUCUGCCAACUUUCGUCCUGUCCUCUACUACACCUCCAGCCUGGACCGCUCUGAUAAUCCACACUUUGGUCUGUCUCUGCUGGACAGCUUUGAGUCUCAAUCUAAGCGUCAUUACCGGCGUCUGGUUCAGCCUGAUGGGACGGAGGCUCUGGUCUGCUCGGGGUCCAGACCGAGAGAGAGCGGAUAUUUACAGCUUCACACUCAGCCAAGACCUAGAGCUGCGUCCUGUCAGUCAGAGAGUAAAGGAUCUUACAGUCCUCGCCGUCCUCCUAGAGUGUUGGUUGGACGCAGAGAGGAAAGUGGUUACACUGAGGGAACCAGCUUACAGCCGAACACUUUUCUACCUCAUCAUAUUAACAUGGACGACGCACGCAGGACACAUCAAAGUGUGACGAGGACUGACUUCCUUCCAGCAUCAUUUCUACGGGGCAGUGAAGCAUUACCAAAACUUGCCUCCUGUGCACCUCGAGACACUGGAUUCACAAGAGACACGCAGAAACCUCUGACCAGUUCAGUCUCUUUUCAAGGUAACUCUAGUGAAGCAAGCAGACAGAAGGACAGAUCUCCUGCAGUCAGAUGGUCCAUUGGGCCAAUGUGUUCGUCUGGAUUCAUCCUCAACGCCCCCAACAUCACAAGCCUUUCACACACACCAGCCAGCCCUCAACAUUUCAUCACACAUUAUCAAAGCAAGUUUUGUGACAGAGCGUCAGUGGAGCAGGUGAGAGCAGAUUGGAUGAAAGGAGGCGUACAGACGCACAGACAGAGCGGCUACAGCGAGCGAGAUAGCAGCAGGCAUAAACUCGGGUAUCACACCCUGGAUGCACAAUCAACCAGAAAAAGAUGAAAUACUGGUCUGGCGAAUCAUAAACAAAAUAUUGCUCAUA